AUGUCCACAUACUCACCGCCAACUACACUCGAAAUCCAUCCGUCACUCGAUGCCUUUAGAGUCCCUAUCCGGGAAUAUCUGGCGAGCACGAAUCCGCCUCUUGCGGGCCUCAUUGUGAGCGCUCUCAUCUUCAAGCCCGCCAAAAGCCACACGGCCAACGGCGGAGGUGCCCAGCGGCACGGAGAGAAAGACCGAGUGCUUCUCGUUCAGCGCUCCGCCACGGACGGCUGCCCCCAUCUCUGGGAGGCACCGGGGGGCGGUGCCGAGCCGGGGGUGGACGGGAGCCCGCUUGACGCUCUCGUCAGGGAGGUAAGGGAGGAGACCGGUCUCACCGUGGUCAGAGUCCGCGGUCUCGUCGAUGCCGAGACGGAGUGGACUGUGAAGGGGGGGGCGUGGCGCAAGGCCAGCUUCGAGGCGGAGGUCGAGGCACACGACCAGACCUCUGAUAUAGAAGCGGAUACUGUGGACGUCGUGCUGGAUCCGGCGGAGCACCAAGACUAUGCUUGGGUGAGCAGGGAGGAGUUGGCCGGGGGCAUGACUGCUGACGGGAGGGAACUGAACAUAACAUUUCCCACCCAGACGGACAUUCUGAUGAAGGGCUUUGAUCUCCGAGAACGGACGGAUUUGAAACUCGAAGCGCAAUAG